CUGUCGACCGUGGAAGAAAAACAAUACUACCAAUGAGCGGCAAUUCACAAAUAAAUGAAAUCAAGAAAAAACUUCAGCUGUAUCUAUCCCGUGAAAAACGUCUGUCGUUGACACCAUUGCAGCCAUUGUCAACCAACUUGCCUACAGAUUUGAGAACGAAAACAAGCUCUGUCUCAUCAGUGGCCCUAGAUUUAGUCGACUCAUUCUGUGCCUCAAAGCAGACCAAAAGCGUUGAAAAUCUUUCAUUGGCCUUUAAAUGUCUUUAUUCUAGUGCAAAGAGCCACGACGACAGGAUUUCAUUGGUUAAAAAACACCAGCACUAUGUGGUCUUUCUCAAUUCUCAAAUGCGUUAUAAGUAUGCACUUGGAGAGCUUUGUACCAUAUACAAUGUUUUCACUUCAUCUCUGUUAUCUACUUCAGUUGCUUACGAAACUCUUUUGAAAGGCGUGUCACAUGAUGUGGGGUUUCCCCUCACGUUGAUUAUCUCGUUUCAUUUCUUUCUUAUCCAGUCUGUUUUGCAAAUGCUUACUUCUAAAGUACAAACUAUCACUAAGAAAGACUCAUCCUUGGAUAUUAAAUUGUUCUGGAAAACUGCCUCGCUUUUUUUGCUGGGUUCGAACUUUGACACGUGCUUGUCAUUCUGCGAUACUUCUGUUGCAAUGAAAUACCAUCUCAACUGCUUAAAAAUGCUUUCGGGGUUGGUCAAAGUGGCCGAGUUCAUCAAUUCUAAGUUACCAACACUGGAGUUGUCUCUCUCAAUAAUUGCUCUUAAACUCAAAGUUUUGCAGUAUAAUGUUCUCACCAACAACAACGUGGAUCUCGAAUUAUGUGAUAUCAAUGAUAUAGCGCUAAAACCAUUCGUUAGCGACUUACACAUAAUUAUAUCCAAAGACCAGAGAUUUAUGCACUCGAAGGUUGCAGCAAAGGUUGCAGAGUUUUAUUUGCAAGAUGAUUCUGCAAGAAAGUUGGUCGCUCCGCAAUCUCUUUUGAAUCUGAGCCUUCUUGCUGCAGAGGCGAUGUCCAUUUCUUCCCUCGAUAGUUUGAACAAAAAGUCUGUGUUGAAUUUUUUUGAACAAACAGAAGUUUGUAUCCAAUCAGCCUCUGUUAUAAAACCUAUUCUAGAAUCAGUUCCAGCCAAAGCCAUGACUGAUUUUCAUCAUGACAUUCUUGACAGAUGUGUGCUGUAUCUCAAGUCUGCUUUGGUUAAUGAUCAAGUUUUUUCUCAUUGCUUAAAAGAGUGGGCGCCAAUUGUUUCAUGUAUGUUAAUACAAGAGAAACGAAUUGAGAAUAUCAAACUUGUUUCACGUCUUUGCUUUGAAUUUGCACUUAAGUCUGAACUGCUUGAUGGAUUUUUCACCGCCUGCCAAUUAGAUUUAGCGUACUUUCAUCUUCUUAAAAAGUGCGAUUCCAAAGUAUAUGUAUCAAAGCGAAUUGAGUAUUCAAUUUCUUCCCUUUUCGAUCUUGGCGCUGAAAAAAGUGCCACCCAGCUUGUGAAAGAAUACAUUCAGGAUGAUACACCAAGACUCACUGAGAACAGAGUUUUGAGCAUUAUAGCUUCAUGCUUGAUAGCAGAUCAGAAAAUGACGCAUCACUUUUUUGGAAAAACACUGUUCAUUGCACCAGAUGAACAAAUCAGGCUCUUUGAAAAUCUUUUGAUCCCACUUCAUCUCAAGUUACCCAUCAAAAAUCAUGGCUUAUUAAAGGAUUUGAUGGAGAAUCUACCGAAGACAGUUCUGCUUGCGACUCGAUACAAAGUAUCCCAAUAUUUUCAGAUCGAAGUAUACAUUUCACGGGUAGAAACUCUCAGUCUAUGUCCUGAUGUCAUACUUGCAGCGGGGAUUUUUGCUAAUAGAUCCAAGAUCAAUAAACUUGAUACGCUUGCUUUGAAAAAAAUUGAUGCUUGGGUACAUCAAUGGCUAGAUCAUGCACACAUGUCAAAGUUCUUGUGCCACUUUUCAGUUUUUUUGGAAAUUUUAACAAUUUUAUCGCAUAUGGGAUUUUUUAACCGUUGUAUAAAACUCAUCCAGAAACUCAUUGAAAGACUCAAGGGCUCAAACUUCAAGGAAACCCAAGGCCUUAUCAAUCUUAACAUAUUGCUUAGUCGUUGUCUUCUUGAGAUAUCUGAAAUUGACAAGCUCCCGCAUAUUUUGCAGAACUAUGGAAGCCUUCUCAAAGAUGCAUUUUCCGGUAAAAUUUCAGACUAUGGCAAUCUAGUCAAUUUGAAAUUGACCCAACUUGAAUUCUUCAUCAAAAUACGCGAUGAAGAAAAAUCCAGAUCCAAAUUUGAAGAACUCAAGUCUAUCAUAUCUUCCAGACCUGAAUACGAUCUUCUAACUACAGUUGAGAGUCAAUCCUUGCAUGAUAAGUUGUCGUGUUUUUUGACGAUUGCUAAAUUUCUGUUCUUGACUUCAAUGAUGAACAUAAUGUCAGCUGAAAUGUUCACGGCCUUGAGGAAUUUGAAACUAUCGAUAAAACUCUUACUCUCGGUUUUAAGAAAGACGGAAAGCAAUCCAGAAUUGUAUCGCGCCAAACUUGAAGCUCUUAGUUUGCUCUCGAAAAGUUACAUUUUUGCUUUCAAAGCUGCGAAACACCUUGGGCUCACAAAAGAUGCGAUGCACUUCUGUCUUGAAUUUGUAAAAAUUAAUUCCCAGCUACACGAUUCUCCCCUCAAAACAUUGAAUCACUUCAUUAGCUCAAACCUCUUACUUCAUGUGGGCAAAACAUCUGAUGCUAUUUCACAAUUCGACAAUGGUCGUAGAAACACUUGGGAGUCUCCAUAUUUGGAUCUUGCAGAGGCUAUAGUUUUUACUAGGUUGAAUGUUGGUUGUAUUCCUAAAAAAUGCCUACAGCGUACUAUUCACAAAGCACUUGCAUGUUUAUUUGAAACACCAGAGAAAGUGGAUCACUUUUGCGCCUCGUUUCUGUUCAUCUCUGAUCUAUUAGUAGAUCUUGGAUCAUUGACAGUUGAUCUUGACAGUAUGCACCUAUCGAAAUUACAACAAGAUAGCCCCGACACGCACGAAACUCUCACAAGAGCCAUUUUACUGCUGCGAGAGAUAUUGACACAGGUUGAGUCCAUUGGCAGUGAAUCUGGAAAGUUAAUUACACUGGUACAGCUCUUCCCGUGUCCCACAAGCUCAUCAAAAAUUGAACUGCGACCCGCUAAUAAAUGCAUUUCUCGUGUGUUAGAUUGCAGAGAAACUUUAAAGCAUUUCGCUGAUAAAGAUUUUCUUCGCCGUAUUGAAGUCGGGGAAAUGCGUGACUUAUGCUCUUUAUUGCGAAGAUGCGUUUUCCUUCUCUCGUCUUCCGGACACUGUCAAGAUUCUGAAAUGAUGAUUUUACUUCAAAAAUCCUUUAUGUGUGGAGAUCUCUCACAGUCUCUUCCAUACUUCAACCAAAGAGCAGCAAUUCACGAAAAUCUAUCUGAGUCGGUAUUGUUACCGACAUUGCAUGCGACGGAUAACCUGAAUUUUGCAAAAAUUACAACGACAUCUUUCUACAAAGAUUUUCAGAAAUUGCUUCCCGCGUCUUGGGCAGUUGUUACUCUAGACGUAUGUGACGUAUCCGGUGACUUGAUUAUCUCCCGAUUGGACACCAAAGCUGAUGAUAUUCGUUCUCUUAAACUCCCUUUCAAUAGGAGAACGAGAGGCACAGGUCCCGGUUUUGAGGAAUACCUGAAAGAAUUGAAUGGCAUUAUAUCCGAAAGUAACAACUCCACCAAGAACAAGGUAACAUCCACAAUUCGAACAAAGGAUGAGAGAAAACUGUGGUGGAAAAUAAGAUUUGAACUAGACUCGCAGCUCCAAAUGCUUUUGCAGCAAAUGGAGCAACUGACUAUUGGCGGAUUCACGGGAAUGUUCAAUACAUUUGACUCUACCGCAAGAGAAUAUGAAAGUUUUCAACUAGAGUUGAACAAAAUUUGGACGGUCGCCAUUGGGGAUCAAUCAAUAUCUUUUGGUCUCGACCAAAUCUUUGUCGAAUUGUUCUAUCACGUUUGUCUUUACGAACGACAUGAAAACUCAUACUACGAGUAUUUGAAGGAUUUGACCGAUUAUGCAAUACAUCACUAUGACCUUGACACUCGCGUAAAUUCCGAAGAAGCGAUAGACAAGAGUUGGCUCAUUGAUAGCAUUUCCAAGAUUUUUCCUUCCAUACCAGAUAGUUCUUCUUUCCAGCACUUGGUGAUUAUACCGAGCCCGUCUUGUGUUCACAUACCAUGGGAGUCCAUGUCCUUCUUAAGAGGACGUUCGGUUUCACGUAUGCCCAGUGUUGGUGUUUUGACCGAAUCUUUAAAAAAUUAUAAACGUAUGUCAGUCUUCGACAAGGGUGAUGAAAAGAUUCUUUAUGUUAUCAACCCUGGGUCUGAUCUUGGCCGAACGCAAAAAAUAUUUGAGCCUGUUUUCCACCAGCUACUGUGUGCAAAGGGUAUUGCUGGAGAAAGUCCCUCAGAAGAAUGGUUGGCUUCGGAGCUUUUUGACACAAAUCUUUAUGUCUAUCUAGGACACGGUGGAGGAGAGCAGUACUUGCGCUCAUCGGCUUUAUUUAAGUCAAAUGCAAAAGGGAAAACCCAUCUACCAGCGAGUCUUUUGAUGGGUUGUUCUUCGUCUGCUUUUCAUGGACACGGGAACUUGCCUUCAUCCAGCAAUGUAUUCAACUGGCUUGUUUGUGGAUCUCCGGCAAUCGUGACAAACUUGUGGGAUAUAACAGAUAAAGACAUUGAUGUGUUCAGUUUGUCAAUGUUUGCUGAGUGGGGCUUAGGCGAAGGCUAUACUCAAAGCCCAAAGUCCAUUGCACAUGCAAUGACGAAGAGUCGUGAUGCUUGUAUUUUGAAGUACCUCAAUGGCGCAGCCCCAAUAUUGCAUGGGCUACCCUUAACUUUAAAAUGAUUACCUAAAAGCAUAUACCAACAACAUUUUUUAUAUGACUUUCCCAAUAACCAAAUGGACAAUAUAUAAUGCAAAAUGCGAGCAUCCCAGGCCCGCCUGCAAAUAGAACUUAAUAUAGAAUGAGACAGC